AUGAAUUUCCUUAACAAAGCUCGCAAGAAAGCAGAGGAGGCCUUUAAAGAGAUCCAAACUCAAGCGCAAGCACAAGCACAAGGCAGCGGCCAGUCUCGCCCUCAAAACGCCCAUCAGCAAGCCCCUCACCCGUACCCGCAACAACACAGUCCACAACAAUUUUCACCUCCUCAAUUCCACCACCAACAACAACAAAACUAUCCGCAGCCAGUUUCUCAAGUCCCACAGCAGCAACCAUAUGCCAUUUCACAGCUUCCUCCCCAAGGCAGUCAGCAACCUUCCUUCCAGCAAGGGUACCCCGCCCCACAGCCAAAUCAAUACUAUCCACCUCCUCUACAGGUCUUUGAAGGGGUCCCCUCUCCAUUUGCUCCCGGCCAGCAAUACCCUCCGCCCCCACACCAGCCUUCAGCUCAUGGAAACUACCAGCAGCUUCCCCAGGGCCAUUCUGCUACUGUACCUCAACCCCACGAAGUUCCAGCUCCUGUUCCAACCCCUCAAGCGCGAGCACCGGCAACCAUCGCCGCACCUCAAAAUGCUACUAGUAAAUGCCUUGCCAAAGAGUGGGUAUUACCAUCCCGCCACAGGUUCUACUGUUUUAUCCCAUCCCUUGGAGUUUCAGGAGAGUCAUUUACCCUGUGCGCCAAUUGUUUCCAAUCAAAUGUCGCCUCGUACACUCUUGCAUCCAACUUUAUAGAGUUUCACACUACGAAUGAAAGCCUUCGCCUGGUGUGCGACUUCAGUAUCCCCAGGAUACGAAAUACUUGGUUCUCCCAGUGUGUUCCUCGGAACUCAGUUCAGCCUCUGGUGGAAUUCCCGCGGUUCGCCGAAAAGCUCAGCCCCUGUGAUGGAUCCACCAUAUCAAGUCCCGGUCCCUUUUGGAUCACCAGAAAUCAAAUUAUUCCCGAUCUCGCUGUUUGCCAAACUUGCUUUGAGUUGUUUCUUCGCCUCACUUCAUUCGAAGAACACUUCGAGAACAAAACCUACCUCGAGACUCGAGAUUGGUCCUGUGAUUUAGCAUUUCCCUUCUUUAAGCGGGCCUUGAUUGCAGAACUUGAGAAGACAAGCCCAAGUUUCCAGGACUUGGCUGAUGAAUUCAACCUACGGUUCAAAAUGGCACCGUGCUCUGGAGUCGGAAACCCCAUUUCCACUUUUGAAAACGACCAAUCACAGUCUCUCGUGUUUACUGCCGUCGGAGGCAAAUCAGGAAAUAUCUGUUUUGCGUGCUAUUCCGACUGCCUCGCAAACACCUCCCUAGAAGACGAGUUUGUAGGAGCAGCAUUGGGCGCUGAUCAGAAGACCACGGUGACGUGUGAUCUAGCAUCUGGGUACUCGAAAUCAGCAAUGGAGAUAGCAGUUCAGCAAAGUGACAUCGAAGUUUGGAGAAGCGCUGUUGGUAUGGCAGGAAAGGUUGGUGUGUGCUUUGGAAGGAAGGGGGUGACCGAGGAAGAAUGGGAGAAGAAAGUGGCCGAGCAUGGUUCGCUUGCUCAAUGGUGGCACGUUAACAACUGCCCAAGCAUUGAGAUAUGCCCUUCAUGCUAUUGGCUGAUUGUCAAGCUUUUCAAGGCUGAUAGCAUGUUUUCCCCUAUCACUCGACCCUUGCGAGGUGGUAUUGUGCGGAUGUGUUUUCUCGCCGUCUCAAGUACGCCAUUGGAUACAUCACCUGAGAAUCCCGACAAUUUCGAAAAUUCACUCAUAUGGAGAGGUCGGCGUUUAAGGGAUGCAAUAAGCACCGGAUCCGAAACUGGUAACUUCUCGAAGCUUGAGUCGGAAGCUGCUUCAAUAUCGCAGGAAUUCCCACCCUGUGGAGGCAACGACAGGGGCUUCAAGCGCCCAAGUGGCCGAAAGUGGUACGGGCGACUAUCCCAGAACAUGGCUAGCACCGAUGAUUGCACUGUUGUGAUGUGUGAAGAAUGCUGGUCGCGAACUGUCAGAGGGACUCCGUUGGAAAGUGCAUUCAGCAUGGAUCUCACUGACGCCGCAUAUCAGCACGAGGGAGAAACUGGAUACAUGUGUCAACCAUAUUCCGAUCGUGCUCGAAUGGAGCUUCGCGGUGCUGCUCAACGAGCAAACUUAGCUUCUUUUGCGAGGUAUUGGAACACGAGAGAAGCAUUGCGGAAGAAGAGCCAACAGUGGCUCCCAAUUUUACAACAGCAGGCCCUCAAGCAGCAAAUGCAGAAUCAUCAGCAGAGCAUGAACAUGAUGCUGAAAGUUAACGCCCAGGCAAACGCGCUGUCGAGAAUUGGGGCUGCGGGCGUAGCUGAGGCUGCUAUGAGCGACCCAGGUGUCAGAUAUGGAAACUCUCAGAUCGGCUACGACUCAUACACCAAGGGACGAGCGGAGGCGGAACAGGAUUGGCAGAACGCUUCGAAGAUGGAUACUGGGCUCGGGGCAAGCAUGUCGACAGCGGCAGAGUCGCAGAGGCUCAUACAAUUGGCGUCUAUGGAUGAAGCGGCAUUUAAGGCUUAUGAAUGA